CAUAUAGAUAAUAGAUACUGGCUGCGUUUGCCAUAGCAGGCUCCUUGACAAGGCUACAGAAAAUGGUAUUACAAAAUUUUCCAGCUUUGGAUACCACAGUUUUUACAAAAGAUUAAUGUUGUUCCAGGUACAAUACACUACUGUUUCCUGACCACCUAUCUGCCAGGCCUGUGGUAACUGAAAAUAUUUUCCCUUCAGCAUUUCUACAGAAUCAACAUACUCUCUCACCUUUAGGUAAGUGGAACUGUCAGCUGGAAUGUGGAAUCAGAAAAAUCUUGAUCCUUUUCCAGCGAAUUCAUGUUUGUACGGCAAUCUGUGAAUGACAUCAGAGCACUGACAUUAUAAACAGCCCCAGGCUCUCAUUCAGAGUUUGCAAACUGUAACUACACUUGCUCUCUGAAAUCUCGUAUGCUGGGACACUGCUAUCUCAUAAAUCACUACAAAAAAAGGAAAAUGAAGCCUGAAAACCAAGUGAUUCCUUAUCUCUGCUUUUUGUGUAUCCUGCCUGAGAUUAUUGCUCAGCUGUGUCCGAGGCCUUGCUACUGCCCAUGGUCACCUCUGCGCUGCCCAGCCCAUGUGCCUCGAGUGAUUGAUGGAUGUGGUUGCUGCAUGAUUUGUGCCAAACGGCUAGGGGAGCUAUGCAACCACAUGUACGUGUGUGACCAGACUGAAGGCCUCACAUGUGACUUCAGCACUCCCUAUCCAUGGAGGCCAGGAUGGGGAGUUUGCAACUUUGCAGAUGAUGAAGGUUGUGAAGUAGAUGGAAAGGUUUACAAGGAAGGUGAUGUUUUCCAACCAAGCUGUAAGUUUCAGUGUCGGUGCUCAGAUGGUGGAAUUACAUGCAUCCCACUAUGCACCGAGGAUGUCCGGCUGCCUAGUCCUGACUGCCCAUACCCACGGCGAGUGGAGAUCCCUGGAAAAUGCUGCAAGGAAUGGAUAUGUGAAAAACGAGAAAAUAGAAUCUUACAUCAUGCCAUGACAGCGUCCACAGUCACAGAUGUUAAACCUGGAGGAGAUUCCAUACAUGAGCACCCAAACUGUGUCGAGCAGGUUGAGGAAUGGAGUGUAUGUUCCGUGAGCUGCGGAAUGGGAAUAUCAACUCGCCUCUCUAAUCAGAAUCAAGAGUGCAGGCUUCAGAUUGAGAGACGGCUUUGCUUCAUGAGACCAUGCCAUGGUUAUUGGAGGGGCAUAGCUUUUUAAAGACCCUUCACUUUUUGAAAUGAAGAAGUUGUGAACAUAAUAAGACAUCAGAGCACUAAAUCCUAUUCAAAUGACAUUCCGAGGCUGUAUCAGUAUUACAAUUCACUGUCUGAAAUACUGGAGGACAUUCGUUGUCGGACUUGUACGCUCUUUAAAAUCAGAAUAUGAAUACUUGACUUUGAAUGCAAGGAAAAUGGUUAUAAAACAACAAAUUUUGCUCACUAACUAAUGUACUUGCAUAACUCCAUCAGUUUAUAACCACGUUUGUUUCACUUGUGCAAACCACAAAUGGUAGACAUUUGUAAAAAUGUAUAAUUUGUAGUUAUGUAUCUUAUUUUAUGUUGACAGAAGAAAGAUAAGGUAUUUAUGUGUGCAAAACAGCUUUGCAUUAGCUGUGCAUUAAUCCCUAUGUAUGACCAUUUUUUUAAAACAAUCUUCAGUAUGUUACCAAGACAGACAUUAAUUACAGAACAUUGUAGAACUUAGAUGCCAUUUACUGAUGUCCUUCAAAUGUGAAUGCAUCAUCCAUAUCACUGCACUAUCAAGUACCUGGAAUUAUUUUAAUGGAACGUUUUGUGAAAAAAUAUGCUUAAUUUUCAUUGCUGUAUUAUUAUUAUUUUAUAAUUGUAGUAAGCCCUUAUAGGGUAUAUAUUGUGCAGAAUCAAUAAACUGUUAUCUGAAUUACA